GUUAACGCGAUGCCCUGCUAUCUACAUCACGUGGAAGUCAGGCAUUUCCUUCGGGAGCGAGUGUUCGAAUCACUCAGGUGUCGUAUUUUUUAUAUUUUUUUUUGUCAUUUAUUCCGAGCGUUUAAUUGCACGGAGGUCAUCGGAUGUUCUUCGGACAAGCUUUCUGCCAAUCCAGAGCUCGUUUGGAUGUUGCAAGCUUGUGGUGUUCGUGUUGUCGUUGACAUGGUGUUUGUGCGGGGUAAUAUAGUAGGAUUGUAAUUGCUCAGAACGCGAUGUUCGGAUAUCAGCAACUCUCGCCCAUCUAUUGAAUACGUCACUCACAAUCAUUGCAUCUAGCCCAGUCACUUAUAACCAUCACACCUAACCCAGUUACUCACAUUCAUCACAUCCAGCCCAGUCGCUCACACUCGUCCCAUCCAACCCAGUCACUCCCAAAGCCAACAUGAGUUCCAAACACCCACCCCCAUCCCUCACGCCCUCAAAUCUCAAACAGCCCCCCCUCGCCUUCCUGCGCUUCACAGGCUCUUCCUACCCCCUCCACCUCACCCGCGUCCUCCCCCUCCUCGGCAGCGACCCCCGAGCGUACUAUCUCAACACGCCUCUCACCAGCCCCGCGCCCAUCAUCAGCGCCUCACCCUUCGUUCCGCACUCUCUAAUCGCCCACCUCAUGCGUCGCAAGAACGAUAGCGCACUCGCUAUCAAGUUCGCCCCCGGCCGGAAGGGCGUAAUCACCAAUAUGGAGGGGGUGCUGCACACUUUCGUCACGCCGCUUGUGGUGGCGUUGAUGCAUGGGGAUUAUCGCUACCUGGGCGGUCACUAUGUGGAGGAGUUCCCGUUGGUGGAUGGAAGACAGUCGGCGAGGAGGGUGGUGGUUAGUGCGGCGGUGCAGAUGGAUUUUGAGUUUAAUAGUGUGAUGAUGGAGGCCUGUCGGGUGGAGGUUGGGGAGGUCGUAGGGCGGGAGUUGGGGCCUGACUGGAGGAUUUUGGGAGAUCAGGAUAAGUGGGAGAGGAGGGGGUUGGAGAAGUACGAGGAUGGGCUUAAGAGCCACUUGGUGGCUAACCUGGUGACUUCGAAGAAGCUACCCCCUUAUAAGGUGGUUAAGGAUAAGGCUCUCAGCGAUGCGGCAACGAUUGAGUUCCUCGAGCGCCAUAUUCGAGAUGGGUAUUCGUCGCCAGUGGAUUUCCACAAUGUGUUUGCAGUGGUUGGGUCUCCGAAGAAGACUGUCGUUUCGCUGGAGUUUCUCUACAAUACGGCUGUGCACCAGCUCCGAAAUGAGUUAUCCGCCCUAGAAGUCGCCUGCCCUCAAGGCUAUAUUUACACCUCUGACCCGCCAUCUAUCUUCGUCCAGGCCCUCGGAGGGGCAAAGAUCGUUAAUAGACUCCAGUUCGCCGCUCUCAAGCAUCUGGCAUCUACGAGCAAGUAUGAGAAGUUUGUCAAUAUGAAGUGCUUUGCGUUCAACGACUACUCUGAUAACGGUGCGAUUGAGCUGCUGAAAGAGGCACUACGGACUCAGCGCCACGUUAUUGUGUUACCGAAGGCGAAGCUGUUUAGGGGUCCAAAGGGCCGGUAUGAACCUGGAGAGGAACUGGAAGACGGGUUACUGGUAGUGCAUAAUAACAGCGAUGCCUUUGGUCAGAACAUUGAGACUGAGUUCGCGACGGGGAGCUUGGAUGGGGCGAUUGGGGCGUCGACUAGUGCUGCUGCGUCGUUGAUGAGGGACCGAAAGGACCUGCUGGAUUGGGUUUUGUGAGACGGACGGAUGGACAGUGAUACUUUAGUUUUUGAGGGUGUUUUCAUCGGAGGUUCGGUUUUAAAGCGUCGUUAGGGAUUUGUUUUUAAGGUUGUGCUUUGUUCUGCCACUAUCUAUCACUUGAUGCGUGCGGUUGAGACACGAGGAGGUGGUCUAGCCAAUGGAGGACCCUCGUUGACAUUUUGGCUGGGUUUAUGGGUUUAGGGACUAUUCAUAUGACAUAGACGCUUAGUUACUGUUCUUUUUGCGUUCUCAUCACAACUACUCAUAGAGAUCAGCGAGUAGAGAGUCAUCUAAGUUGUGCUUAUUCGGUGAUGGAAACUACCUGAUUCAUUUAGCAGAUACUGGCUGAAUAUCGUUGGAUGUUAGUUGACGGUCAGCCGCGAUUACUCAGCAUACCCAAAUAUCGUAUUGAACAGG